AUUAACCAGAGGGAAGCUGCCAAACAAGAUUUAGCAGGCAGCAUCCUCCGGGCUUACUGUACACAUGCUAGGAUCCCGGACAGCAGGACUGAGCCAGCAGUAACAGCCUGAGACCACUGCAGACUGGCCUGGCCAUUGUGAACAAUGCUACUUGUUCUGUACACCUGUCUCCUCUGGCUAUCUACCAGUGGCCUCUGGACCAUCCAGGCUGAGCACUCCAGUGCUGAUGUGAACGCGAAGAACCAUCACCGGGGCUUAGCUCCAGCCAAUGUUGACUUUGCCUUCAGCCUAUAUAAGCACCUAGUAGCCUUGACUCCUGACAAGAACAUCUUCAUCUCACCUGUGAGCAUCUCUAUGGCCUUAGCUAUGCUUUCCCUGGGCACCUGGGGCCACACACGGACCCAGCUUCUCCAGGGCCUCGGCUUCAACCUCACAGAGAUGGCUGAGGCUGAGAUCCACCAGAGCUUCCAGCACCUCCACCACCUCCUUGAGGAGUCAGCCACCAGCUUAGAAAUGACCAUGGGCAAUGCCUUGUUCUUUGACCACAGCCUGGAGUUGCUAGAGACAUUCUUAACAGAUAUGAGGCACUUCUAUGACUCAGAGGCUUUGGCUACGGAUUUCCAGGAAUGGGAUAGAGCCAGCAGACAGAUUAAUGAGUAUGUCCAAAAUAAGACACAAGGAAAAAUUGUCAACUUGUUCUCAGAGCUGAAUAGCCCAGCCAACCUCAUCUUGAUCAACUACAUCUUCUUCAAAGGCACGUGGACACAGCCCUUUGACCCAAAUAGCACCAGGGAGGAAAACUUCUAUGUGAACGAGACAACUGUGAUGAAGGUGCCCAUGAUGUUCCAGUCACGUCCCCUCAGGUACCUGCGUGACUCGGAGCUCCCAUGCCAGCUGCUACAGCUGAACUACGUGGGAAAUGGGACCAUCUUCUUCAUCCUUCCUGACCAGGGGAAGAUGGACACGGUCAUCAAUGCACUGAGCCGGGACACGAUUCAGAGAUGGUCCAACAGCCUGAACAUUAGCCGGGUGAACCUAUACAUCCCAAAGGUCUCCAUCUCUGGAGCCUAUGACCUGCGGCAUGUGCUGGCAGAGCUGGGUAUCGGAGACUUGUUCACUAGCAACGCAGAUUUCUCAGGCAUCAUUCAGGAGGGCCAGCUGAGGUUAUCUAAGGUGGUCCACAAGGCCGUGCUGCAACUUGAUGAGGAGGGUGUGCAGGCAUCUGCCUCCAGAGUGGUCACCCCAUACCUGACAUCUAGCCAAUCAUUUACAAUCAACGUCAGUUUCAAUCGGCCCUUCCUCAUCUUGGUCUUUGACCACUUCACGUGGAGCAGCCUUUUUCUAGGCAAGUUUGUGAAGCCAACCUAGAACACUUGCCCAGGAGCCAUAGCACUACCUGACUUGGGGUCUGAGGAGCCUCAUGGAAAUGUUUUGGAGGGUGGGUGGUUUCCCCCAAUCUUCUCCAUCUAACCAGAGUUGUCUGUACCUUACACAUCUUGUAAUAAAAACUGUCACUCUGACUGA